AUGAAGUCAGCCAGCGGCGAUGCGCCGCCGUCGCAAGACUCGAAGCCCUCGAGUAUGCAGUAUACCUGGAUGUUCGAAGGCAACAAUGCCCCUACCAAACAGCUUGACGCAUUAUUAAGAGCCAUCGCACAUUAUAUUGUAUGUACCCCGUCCUUCAUCGAACACUGCCGCCCUCCGUCCCUCGUCUGCUUUCUUGACCCUCCAACCUGGCUGCCUGCUAACGGCAACUCUGUACCAGACGCGCGAGAUCGGUGACAGAAACGAUCCGCAUCUAACCCCAAAAAAAUUGGCCGCUUUCUACAAGGCUGUUGGUGGCGACUACGAUUGUGAGUAUUGGCUGCAUCUUUACCUACGAUGGAGCAUGUCGCUAACCCAGGCUCUCUCUUCACAGCCCUCUUCGACAAAGACGACCAUACGAUAUCUUCCAUGUGGCAGCUCACUGGCUGCCAGCAUUCCUUGCAACCUACAGACAACGAUUACGCGCCACCCUCGAUCCCCGCCUUGACGUCCAGAGGCUUCUCUCGAUGGGAGUCUCUCGAAAUCCUUCUGGGUCCCGAAGAGCAUGUGCCAUUCUUGCAGUACGCUGUCAAGAACUGGAACUUGAAGAACCUCGAAACCGGAGAGGCCUUCCCCUCUGAUCUACCCAAGAACGUGUUCCCAGCUCAGCCUGACCCCGACGUCGAUCGCUGGCAUGAGGACUGCGCGGCCAAUCUGUGGAAGGAGGCGUCGAGCGAGGAUCUGCCCAAGGUGACGAAAUCCGAACCUACACCUGAGACAUCGUCGGGCCCCAAGUUUGCCUAUCCCAAGAAUGCGGACGGUCACCCAUACCCCAGAGGACAACGCCCAGUCUCAUUUACCCAUGUACAUGGACCGCCACGGCCCUCAGCGGCCGCACACCACUCGACUGGCCGAAUGCCGAGCAGAACGCCGGAAAUACCUCGUCGCGAAAGCCCGCCCUCGCGCGAACGUGAAAGACGAAGGAGCUUCUCCGACUACCCAUCCUCCACUACACAAGAAAACUUCCCCUCACAUUCAUCAUACCCACCUCCCGCCCCUUCAGCGGAUGCCAAUUUACGACGACCACCUGCGCAGGCACGACGACACAGCCAUCCUCGGCCACUUGGCUCUGAUUCGUCUGAUGACGAGGAGCAGCCCAACCGACGACCACAGAACUCACCACAGGUACCUCACAACAGGCGGUACCCCCCAUCUGUACAACCCUCACCCAACCCUGGUCGUAGUCCUAGACCGUCAGAGCCUCGUAUGGAGGAACUGAAGAGGCGGGCAGGGAGUAGUCCUCGACUCGGUAUCAGAGAGCGAGUGAGUGAGAAGGUGGCCCACAUUUUCCCGGGUGCUCCUAUCGGCACUGGUCGAGGGGCUGAGCGACGUCCUCAGUCGGACUCGAGGCCAGGGUCAUAUGACUCGACUCGUGCCCGCAGAAGUCCACAUCAGAGAGCUCCGCCCUCGCGGCUUCAGCGUGAAUUCCCAGACAGCGAGUCUGCGGGGAGCCCCGGCUCAGAUUCCGAGGAUGAAGUGGGCAGAAGGGCUCGGGCGCGAGAGGAUCGUGAGAGGGAACGUGAGAGGGAACGCGAGAGGGAUCGUUACUCCGACAAGUCACGACCGUACGUCCUAGACAAUGAGCUCGAUGAUGAUGUAGGCCACGGAGGCCGAAGACAGCGACAGCAAAACCUACGGAGGCCAGAAGCCCAUAG